UGUGAGCAAGUGCUUUAUGAAAUUAAGAUUAUGUUCAUAAAAUUUCAGAUUAAAAUUAGAUCAGGGAGUAAGUUAAAUAAAUUAAGAUGGAGAAUCGGGUUUGGCUGAUCCUUUACUUUUUAUAUAUUUUGGCGUGGAGUAUUUUAAUAAUUUAUUUAACUGACUUCUCGAUCGAAUUUUAAAUUGUUAUAGUCUACAUAAUGUACAUUUCAUGAACAAAACGCUCAUAAAAUUUCAUAAUAAAAAAGAAGACAGUUCUAGUGAGAACUCAUCUUAAAAUGAAAAUUAAUUAUAAGGAGAGAUUUUAAUAACAACCUAUCAAUUUAAUCAAUCAUUGGUAGGAUGCACAUGGGAUGUGUCCUUUGUAUAAUUAUUCAAAACUCAAAUGACGUAUUUUUAGUAAUUAAAAACAUUAUUACAAAAAAUGUCACUUUGUUGAUUCUAACCGUUGAUUUGAAAUGUGAAAGGUGGAGCUUAGAAGUUCUCAUUUAUAAAUCAAUUCUGAUUUUAGAGGGGUUCUCAUUAGAAUUAUUGCUUCAUAAUCCAUAUAUAGGGAAAACUGUCAAAUAGAUCCUCCUACUAUUAUCAAAAAGUCAAUUGAGUCCUCAUACUUAUCUCUCAAUCAAUUAAGUCCACCAACUAUUAAAAAACACUCAAAUAGGCCAUUUAACAGGUUGGCAUCCGAUUGAAGGUCAAAUGCACAGACAUGACAGUCCAUUUGGAUUUUUUGUUUUUCCCUUUUUGAUUUUCUUUUCCUUUCUCCUUCCCUCUCCUUCUUUCUUCUCCUCUCACAUUUCUUCUUCCCUGCUUUUCUUUUCUUCUUUCCUUGUUUCUUUCAUUCUCUUUUUCUUUCGUAUUCUACAUAGUAAUUCUUUCCACAAAAGGCAUCAACCUUCGCCGCCCAUCUCUUCCUCAUUGGUCACUACCGACCAACCGUCGCCGCCGCGGUGCCGUAGCUCGUCUAAAUGUCGGUCGCCCCCAAAGCCACAACUUGUCUAAUCGCCAAUCUCUCUGACUUCUCCAACCACCACCGGGGAUCGAUCAUCGCCCACGACUUCUUAAAUUUUCCGCCCAUCGCCGGUAGCCAGCAAAUCAUCUAUCACCUAGUAACCUCCGCUCGCCGCCCGUCAACUACACUUCUCAACCGCCGUCAGCCGCCUCUCGUAGCCCCACAGCCAAAGCUUACCUAGCUGACUCCGCAUGCCGCCCACCUUCCAUCAGUCCAUGUCUUCCUCAACCUCCGCCCGCCAUCCGCCGGCACCCGCUGCCCAUCCAAAAAAUGAGAACCGGGAAGAAUGGAAGAAGUGAAGAAGAUUCGAAAAGAAAGAAAUUGGACGAGGAGAAAGACAGUGUAGAGAGAAGAGGAAUAAAGAAAAAAAAUAGAAGAUCGUCGCUUCAAGUAGGCAGAAGAAGAAGUCAGCAAAGAAAGGAGAGAAAAAAAAAAGAGAAAAAGAAAAAAGAAGAAACGGGCUAAAGGAAAACUCAGAAUUAUUGCCACAUUUGCUUCCACAUCAGCUACUAACCGGUAAAAUAUAUAUCCAACAGGCUAAAUAGCAAAAUUGGCUGUUUUUUAAGAGUUGGUGGACUUAACCGACUGAUCUAUAAGUAUGAGGACUUAAUUGACUUUUUGACAAUAGUACGAGGACCUAUUUGACAGUUUUCCCCUAUAUAUACAAUUGUUUUGGAAACUCUAAUUAGAUAGUAUCUCAUUUUGUGCUUAACUUCAUAGUAUAUACUAUAUAUGGAGCCCGUUUGGUAACACUAAAAUCGGCUGAAUCGGUAAAUUCUGCUAAAAUUUAUGAAGUUCUCGCUGAAGUGACUGUAUUGGCCGAUUUCGAUGCUUUAUGAAUUUUUUUGAUGUAUC